AUGCCAAAACCUACCGAUCUGCCCAAUCUCAAUUUGUCUGCUUCCAUACGGAAUGUCAGCGAGCUUGACGAUGGCUUCCUGUCUGGCGGUUUGAGUCCUCGAUCGAACGGCUCAAGCACGCCUAGAUCAGCUCCUACUUCUCCUCGCCUGCGGUCACCAGCUCUCCCUGCCGUGAUGGAACCGCCCAAAGUUGCCGCGCCCGCCAGCGAGAAGAAGACACAGCCCAGCAAUGGCCAUACUUCGCCACGAAUAACAGCUAUGCCGGAGUUACCUCCAUCGCCUACUAACCAGUCGACACCCAAACAUGGCAGAGAUACCUCCAAGAACUUCUUUUCCAACCUCAUGGCAUCCAAAUCGUCCCACAAACUCCACGUGUCCGAGACAAGUCUUCCAGACGCUACCGAGAAGGCCAGCGCCAGAAGCAGGGCGAGUUCGAAGGACCGCUCGCUGCACUCAGUCCGAAGACAGGGGUCGACGCCAGAACUACCGCGCUUCAAUGGUACAUCUCAGCCCUCGCAAAGCCAGGACCCAAACAAAGCCGUUGGUGAUCAAGAGGUGGCAUCAAUACCAGACAGGACAAAGCCGAAGAACAAAUCUAAGUUAGGAGGCAUGUUGACACGGACUAAGACAUUAAGAGGGGAAGAGAGUCUCAAACAGAAAGCUUCUCCCACCAUGCUUCAGGUUGAAACAAACGGCAACGUGCCGGACGACAUUGAGCCUCCGCCGAAGACUGCGCCUAUCAAGUCCGACCAUCGAGCGCGUGCUUUUGCGUCAUCGGAAAACAACUCUGCGCGCAACAGAUCAGCUGAUCGUAUCAUGCAGAACGAAAGGUCACAGAGGAAGGAGGCCAGCAAACCGGGCCAACAUAUGCCUCCUUCCCAUUCUUUCCAGGGUGGCAGUCUACUGUCUGACAUUGGCCGGACAGGCAAAGGUGUUGGAGAUCGGUUAGGCAAGGCCGGUAAGGGCCUGUUUGGCAAGAUCACGAGGAGCGGCAGCAGCAACGAUCGAGAACCACCCCCUCCCGAGGAGCACAUUAUGUCCACCAUCAACCUGCCGCUGGUGAAGCAAACCCGACGGACCCGGAUAGCUAGAAGGCUAGAGCUGUCAAGAGACAAGACUGAAUUCUGGAUGCCGGCGUUGCCGUGGAGGUGUAUAGACUACCUAAACAUGAACGGCUGCGAAGAGGAGGGCUUGUACAGAGUACCCGGCAGCGGCAAGGACGUCAAGUUCUGGCAAAGGCGCUUCGAUCACGAGCCGUUCGACGUGAAUCUGUUCGAAGAACCUGACCUUCACGAUAUUAACACAAUUGGAUCCAUGUUCAAGGCAUGGCUUCGCGAGUUGCCAGACGAGAUCUUGCCAAAAGCUGUACAGAACAAGGUGGCUCAGCAAUGCGCAGGCGCUACAGAAGUCCCUCAGCUGUUCAAAGAUGAGCUUUCGAAACUGCCGCCUUUCAACUACUACCUCCUGUUUGCCAUCACUUGCCAUCUCAGCCUCCUCACCAGUUUCUCCGACAAAAACAAGAUGGACUAUCGCAAUCUCUGCAUCUGCUUUCAGCCAUGUCUCAAGAUCGACGCGUUCUGCUUCCAGUUCCUCGUCAAUGAGUGGAAACAAUGCUGGCAAGGCUGCUGGACCGAGAAAGAAUACCUCGAAGACGAGUACCGCUGGGAGAGGGAAGGGUCUAUCAAUGAGAGCGAGGACCUUGCUGUCGACGAUAGGGCUGUAAGCUCCAGCGGCAGCAGUCAGAUCCAGCCCAACCACAUCCAGCAGAAUCAGCAGCACAAUAUCCAUCAUCAACAGCCACAACACCAGCCGAUACAGACACAGCAAAAUCAGAGAGACCAGCAUGCCCUUCCUGACAUACCACAAUCGCCUAACAAUGUUGGUCUUGGGGUUACCUCUCCAACGACGCGAUCUUCUCACGAUCUAAUCUCUAAGCCUACGGGUCUUCGAAAAUCGAACUCAAAAUCGAAGGGUCACAAGGGUCGUAGCCUCUCUCAGAACGAGACCACUACAACGACAACGGUCGCCAGGAAAGCAUCUGGACCCAGUUCACACACACCCAACCAGAGCGCCCCGAACGUCCCGAGAGUGCUUUCGACGCCGGAGCCACAUGUUGAUACGCAAAGGGUGCCCGCGCCGGACAAGCUGCCAGAGGUUGGGAGCUUGAGUCCGAUUCGGAUGUGA